AUGUCAUUUCAAUGUUUUCUUCCUGCAACAUCUUCAAGAGCUAAUGCUUUAAUUGAAGCUAUUCGAUCGUCUCGUCGUAAAAAGAUGAAUAAUGUUCUUUUUAAAAUUGAUGUAACUAAUACAUUAUGCAGAAGUUUAGGUGAGAGAAUUUUUCUUGAUAUGGCAACAUCUUUUCGAAUUUCAUGCGUAACAAGAAGUGUUGAUAACACGAAUGGUCAACAAUUACUAACUUUUAUUAAAUUAAUAGCACUUAACAAAGAUGAUAGAGCUCCAUUAUAUAAAUAA